AGGAGAAGGAGGUGGUGUUGAGAGACUUGCAAGAUCCAACAACAUCGCAACCUCAACCAACACCACUAUACAAUGAAACUAUCAUCAAUAAUACCCGCUCCCGAACUGCGCUACUUCACCCUCCUGCUGGUAACGGGUCUAUAUACUCCAGGAAGAGGAGAGAUCACCAGUCUGGAUGCUGGAAACAUCGAUGACAUCCUUAACAAUGCAGGGGUGGCUCUAGUCAACUUCUAUGCAGACUGGUGUCGUUUCAGUCAAAUGCUCCACCCCAUCUUUGAGGAGGCAUCGAAUAUAGUGCGGGAGGAAUAUCCAGACGCUACACAGGUGGUGUUUGCCCGGGUGGACUGUGACCAGCACUCUGAUAUAGCCCAGCGCUACAGGAUAAGCAAAUACCCCACACUGAAGCUGUUCAGGAAUGGGAUGAUGAUGAAGCGAGAGUACAGAGGUCAAAGGUCAGUGACCGCCAUCGCUGAUUUCAUCCGCCAGCAGAAAGUGGAUCCAAUCAAAGAGAUAGAAAAUCUGGAGGAAAUCAGCACUGUAGAUAGGAGUAGACGCACCAUCAUUGGUUACUUUGAAAAAAGGGACUCUGCCAAUUACCGUACUUAUGAGAAAGUGGCCAACAUCCUGAGAGAUGACUGUGUUUUCCUGGCAGCUUUUGGGGAUGUUUCUAAGCCUGAGCGGUUCAGUGGUGAUAACAUUAUUUAUAAGCCAAUGGGAGAGAAUGCUCCUGACAUGGUCUACAUGGGUUCACUCACAAAUUUUGACCUCAGCUACGCAUGGACACAGGACAAGUGUGUGCCACUAGUCCGAGAAAUCACAUUUGAAAAUGGAGAAGAACUGACUGAGGAGGGCAUCCCAUUCCUGAUCCUCUUCCAUCAGAAGGACGACACGGAUAGUCUGGAGAAAUUUCAGCAAGAAGUGGCUCGCCAGCUUAUCAGUGAAAAGGGUUCUAUCAAUUUUCUUCAUGCCGACUGCGAUAAGUUCCGGCACCCUCUACUGCACAUUCAGAAGACCCCCGCCGACUGCCCUGUCAUUGCCAUUGAUAGCUUCCGCCACAUGUAUGUCUUCCCAGAGUUCAGCGACCUUGCGUAAGUAUUGCACUUGUCCGUAUGUAUUUAUUGCAGAGAUUCUUUCAGCCUCCUCUCUGCAGGUUAUCUCUUGUUCCAGACACCUACCAAUUAAACGAUUGUAGACUUUGGCCCCACAGAAACACAUACUGAGUGAGUGAUAGAGAAUGGGCUUUGAGCUUCAUCUCUCAGCCAGUUAUGCCAAUUAAUUUAGCAACACCUGCAUGAUAGUUGUAAUGUGUAUGAACAUAGUAGCUUAGUUUUCAUAGGUUUAUAACUGUUAUUACUAGUUUAUUACAGCAUCAUAAUUAUUUAUGACACCAGAGGCCAUAUAUGAC